CUGAGGUUCAUUGUCCAGAUGUAGACGCGCCAGGUCCUGCAAAGUAUAAAAGGUGGCACAAUAUCUGCUGACUUCGUUAUCCCUCAUCAAGACUCCCCACACACAUCAUCACCUCUCUAACUCCUUCCCCUUUAAUUCCCCUUCUUCAAGAUGGAGUUCCACCUGCCCAUGCUGCUUCCCCACAGUUCACUAAACAUACAAAAUCUAAUUCACUCCGUUAAUCCCAAGUCCAAGCCUGCGAGGGAAAUCCAGAGAACCUUUUCUGCCACCAAGACUACCAAACACACCGCCCCAUCUACCGACCCCACGAAACGCGUUCCCUCAAAGCGCAAAGAAGGCCGAGUCGAAAAUGCCCAAGCCGGUCUUCGCCGCCGCAUGCUUCGCGAGAGGUUGGAUCGAAAGCUAGGUGCCAUUAACCCCCGUUUCCUGCCCGGCAAGGACCCCAUCCCAUCGGAAAUUUACGAACCAACGAACGAUAUCGAAACAUGCAUCGCGUCUCUAAACACAAAGCACAUCUUCAUGUUCACAGCACACAGAAAUCAGCAAGCAUUUGAUCGAAAUUCCAAGCGAAAGGCGAUGAAGAAACGAAAUGCCCAGAUGGACGUGCACGACCAGAUGGCUGCAGGACUGAGGCGCGAGAAAUGGUUGGAUGCCGAAGCAGCGGCGCUCGAAGCGCAACUAACUGAGGUGGAGGAAAACAGUAGUCACGUACAGCAGGAUAGUCAGCCCAAUGAGGUGCAGGAAACAUCUCAAGAAUCUUCUGUACGUAUUUCCUUGUCUUGUGACUUGGAUGAGGUCAGUACUGAUUCAGUUGUUAGUUGGACGCCGCAGGUAGCAGCGAACCAGACGUCGAUUACACCGCCUUCUUCUACGAAGCCGUGGACGCGAGCGAACGGCUUAAACAUCAGUACUAGGGCGUAAUCGAAUCAGAGGGCGACGAGUUUGAGGACCGUCUCGUUGGGCAGCUCGUUGACGAGAGACCCAAUUCCACUUAGGCCAGCACCGCUCAGAGGAGAAGGCUGUCGUAAAGGCGAUAGUGUAUUUGCCGCAGGAUUAUGCUUGAUCUUCAAGCCUUUGU